AUGUACGAUUGGCCUUUUCCGAUCUCACUCACAAUGAUCCACAUGUCUUUUUGCUCAACCCUAGCUUUUCUCCUAAUCAAAGUCUUCAAAUUCGUCGAGCCUGUCUCAAUGUCACGCGACACUUAUCUCAAAUCGGUCGUACCAAUCGGCGCUUUGUAUUCACUCUCCUUAUGGCUCUCUAACUCUGCUUACAUUUACCUCUCUGUCUCCUUCAUACAAAUACUUAAAGCUUUAAUGCCUGUCGCGGUUUACUCGAUCGGUGUUCUGUUCAAGAAAGAAGGUUUUAAAUCGGACACAAUGAUUAACAUGCUUUCGAUCUCGUUUGGUGUAGCGAUCGCGGCUUAUGGAGAAGCUAGGUUUGAUGUUUGGUGUGUGAUUCUUCAGCUAGGUGCGGUUGCUUUUGAAGCGACAAGAUUGGUAAUGAUUCAGAUCUCGCUUACUUCUAAAGGAAUCACGUUGAAUCCAAUCACUUCUUUGUAUUACGUUGCACCUUGCUGCUUAGGUUUCUUGUUUAUCCCUUGGAUUGUUGUGGAGUUUCCGGUUUUGAGAGAUACUUCUACGUUCCAUUUCGAUUAUCUUAUAUUUGGGACGAACUCGUUUUGUGCGUUUGCUUUGAAUCUUGCUGUUUUCCUUCUUGUUGGGAAAACCUCUGCUUUGACCAUGAAUGUUGCUGGUGUGGUUAAGGAUUGGCUCUUGAUCGCCUUUUCGUGGUCGGUUAUUAAGGAUACUGUGACUCCUAUUAAUCUUUUUGGUUACGGUAUUGCGUUUUUGGGAGUUGCGUAUUACAAUCACGCUAAGUUACAAGCUUUGAAGGCUAAAGAAGCUCAAAAGACUGCUCAGGUUGAUGAAGAAAGCGGUCGGCUUUUGGAAGAGAAGGAAGGAAUUGAAGGUGUCGGGAGGAAGAACGAGCCGGAGGAUUGA